AUGUCUGUUGUUGCUAAAAGUUAUAAUAAAAGUGCUGAUCCAAUCGUUGCUUAUUGUUCGGAGCACACGACAAUCCAAAUCCCACUUCAAGUUGAACUACAAAAGGAGACUCUUGCAAAUGCUCCGUUCGGUGGAAUGCUCGGAGCUCCAGAAGUUCUUACUUUCGGACAAAACUUCAUAAGAUCAUUGGGUGGAAAGCGUGCUUUAGAUGUUGGAACAUUCACUGGAGCAUCUGCGUUGGCAUGGGCUCUUGCUGUUCCAGAUGAUGGAGAAGUCUACACUUUUGACAUUGAUCAUACCAAUUACAAGAAGUUCGGAGUUCCAAUCUUAUCGAAGGAUCAGAAAACAUUCCAGAAGAUCAAGACUGUUGAGGGACCAGCUGUCGAGAGUCUAGAUAAACUCAUUGCUAAUGGUCAAUCUGGAACUUUCGACUUUGCUUUCAUUGACGCUGAUAAGACAAGUUAUCCAGCGUAUUACGAGAAAUGUGUCACUCUUCUUCGUAGUGGAGGAGUCAUUUUGGUAGAUAACAGUCUACGAGGAGGAAAAGUUGCUGAUGAGAAUCAGCGUAACGACCCACAAAAUGCUGCAAUCCAUGCUACUAAUGAUAUCAUUUACAAGGACGCUCGAACCUACUCGGCUCUUUUGAACCUCGGAGACGGAACUCAUGUUGCUUUCAAGAAGUAA